AUGCUGGCUCAGCUUUAUGAAGCUGAGGAGAAAAAUGAGUCUAGUGUUGCCAAGGAACACGCGGUUUUGGCCGAAUUUGCCCGCUGUCUUGACCACAUCCUUGAAUCGGUGGACAAAGUAAGUAGAUCGUAAUUUUCGGAAGUUGUAACCGAGCAUUGGUCUUACUUACAGUCUUGCUACCAGUAAUGACCGUUUCUAUGAUGCGUCUUUCUGAACUAGUUAUAAGUUAAUUAAUACAGGUCUUUUUCUUAAACUCAAAGGAUGACGUUUCGAAAAGAAGUUUUGCAUCACCGUUUUUAACCGCACAUCACAACUGUCUUGAUUGUAACUUAUAGCAUUGUAACAUCUUAUUUUUUGCGUUGUAAGUGCAUAUAGCGCUUGAUAUACUUGACUUCGUUGCUAGAUAUGGUUAAGUGAUUCUAAAGCAAUAAACGAUUGAUCUCCGUCGAGGCGUAGAUCAGAUUAAGUCAUAGGCACUGCAAAAGAUUUCCAUGGAACGGAAAGUCUAGGAGACUGAGCGACGUGGAAAGCUUUGAGGAGUAGUAAGACACACAAAACUUAAACAUACGGACAGAGUUGCCUCUUGCAUAACAUUUAAACACACUGAGGGCUUUGGCCACAGUGCGUCUUGGACUUUUCGCCUUUGGCCGUUGAAAACUGGCUGCAAAAUAUUUAAAAUUUACUGAUCAGCCAUAAAACAUGGCUAAAAGUGCUUGACGAGCCGGAGUUGCCUAAAUCAGAAGUAAAUUUUAAAAAUGCUCCAAUCCUGUGAAUGCAUUUUUGGGGACAGAGUUCAACAUCGAUUUGGCGCUGACUGAAUAACGAAAAACAGCACGCAGGUACUGUUUUUCGAUGUAUGCUAAAUUUAAAAUUUUAAUUUUCAUAUUUUUACUAGUAGCUGAUAAAAAGCAUAUUGCUGUAAAAAGCUCCCAAAAUAAUAAAAUAAUUGCAUUUAGAUCAUCAUAUCAGCUGGCUUUAUAUAAUUCGGUUUGCAGCCUAAAAUGCGAGAGGUUUCUGCGAGAUUGCCUCCGGCAAUUACGGGUUUUCAUUGUAGAAUUUGCUUAUAUUUCUGUAUUUCGUUGCUAUUCAUUACUAAAGAAAAGUUUUAUUAUAUGUGCAUCUUCUGCCAGAAUGUGAUUCGUUGCGAAUUGUGAUUUUUAUGCAAAAAGCUUUUCUGAAGGCCUCGACAUGUUCAUCAUUCAUUGAGGAGUAGUUGAACAGGAUAGUUUUGGAGACACGAAUAUAACAGAACAUCCCUAAGAUUACCAAAGAAAAUUAUUUUAUAAUUUAUGAUUUCAAAGUGUAGGCUCUUACUCAGCCUAUUUUUUAAAUUUUACAGUACCCCAAUUAGUUUUAUGCACAGGAUGCUCGUUACACUGACGGGAUCGUUAAAAACUUAUUAUUGUAUUACAUCGUAUCUUCACAACGCUUUUUGAUUUUCGCCUUAUACAACAAUUUGCAUAGAAUUCUAGGGGCAGAAUGAAUUUGCUUGGAUUAUCUCUUUUUAUGUUUUAUCGGGCACUUAAAAAUUUAAGGUAUUUGCGUUUUUGACAGAAACUACGUAUUCCACCAGGCCCUAUAGCACAGGCGACUAUGGAUAUUCAGACAGGUUUUUAUAAAAAAAGCAAGAAUGGUUGUUAAAAUUUAGGAAAAUGAUAUCGGAAAUCCGUUAUAAUAAUUUUUGUCUUACUGGAGUCGAGAAUUUAACAAAAUACAUGAAAAAUUACAUGAUAUCUAGACAUUUUAGCCUACAUUGUUCUCAGGAGAUUUCUCUUUAAAAUUUGCAUCAUACAAAUUUCCUUGAGAUAUCGUCGUCUAGUGGCAUGUUGCUGCAUUGUUGACGUAUUAAACUAAUAAGCGAAUGAACAGGUUUUCAUAUCUUAAUGGAAUUCAUUUUUCUCUCACUUUCUUCACCCCUUCGUGGAAAUUAUUCUCAUUUUUUACCUUUUUGUUGGAUGAAAUACGAAAACUUCAGCUGUUCUUUUCAGGCGGUCGUGUACUCUAUGAUUCGAUGAUACAGAGUCGUAGCUAGUACACUGUUAAUAAAAGAUUUGGAUACGGGUCCUCUGUACCGUCAGAAUAGACAUCUUGGUUCCAUUUCCCCCAGCAGCACCUGCCUGUUAAAGCUCUGUAUGGAAUGUAGCUUGCUAUUGCAAAUAGCUACAAUGCUUAGGAGUUCCGAAUGACAGAAUGUGAGAGGUUUACCGUUAUGUAGUCCUACUUAUCUCUAGUGUAUGGUCUGUAAUGAUGACGUUCAGGGUUUUCUAGGGCAACUUAGAGGUCUUAUUUGCUAAGGUUUUAUGGAAAUUGGUUUAUAUUUUCUAUUAUUUGCGUUCUGGUAACAAAAAUAUUUUGAAAGUAUUGGUGCCCAUUUCUGUUUCUUCCGGCGUUCUCGGUUAUUUCAACAAUAAAUAUGAGCAGAAUACCUUGAGCAUUAGUUUCAGAAUUCCUUUCCACCUUUAUUGAGAUGUUGGAGAUGGUCUACAUUACCGAAAUAUGUUAGAUGUCAGCCUUCAAAGGAGAAUGAAGAAAUGGAGGCGCUCUAAAAGACAGAGGCCAAAAAUAGUGUUUUCCGAAAUCAAACUUUUUAUGGCCAGACCCGCUGAACGGGACUUUAAAAUACGAAGGAGGUUAAAAUUGAUUGGCAAUAUUUAUUUAAAAUGUCUGCACUUAUCGACGUCAAAGGCUUCCUCAACAACCUUUGGUUAAUUCUUUUUUCUUAAAAAACACCUUUGAAAGAAACGAAAAACAAGCAAGUCCGUAUACAAGAUUGGGACAAGUUAGCUGAACGAGCAGUUGGUAACUGUUCUGUAAAAGUAUAAAAAAGGAGCGUUUAGGAACGAACCCUGUUAUUUGCCAUCCUUUUAAGCCGAUAUGUGACUAAUGCUCAAGAGAUCUUUGUAUUAAAUAUCUGCUGCCGUCCAUCAAGUUUUUAGUGCACAUCUAAGCAAAGUGGGUUAUAGUCGAGCGUUUGAGUUAUCGAACAUAUUUACGCUUCUCCCAGGGGAUGUGGUAUAAUCUUAGCUAGUACUAGACACUAUGGUCCUGAGGAACCUGUUGGAUAUUUGAACAUCCUCACUUUGAAUGUAAUCAACACUGAGUGCCUCACAGUGCGCACAUUUUACGGCUCGAAUAUACAGUGCGUGACCGAUCUCAUGAAAUGUUGGCCGAAAUUCUGAACUUCGUUUUCGAUUAGGAAGGGUUACUUAGGUGGGCUUGUAAUAAUGAUUAACGUGCGGCAUAACCCUAUAGCAUUUCGGACUCGCCAUGAUGCCGGCUUUUGGAUGCUCUCUUUCUUGACCUUCUACUGAAACCGUACACCGUAAAAAAUGACUUUUUAUGUAGCAUUCAUUUUUCCAAUGGAUUUUCGAUGGUCUUACAAAUUAAAAUAUAUUUUAUAGAAAACGUGCACAAAAAAGCUUUCUUUUAUUCAUUUGGCAGAAAAUAACAUUUUCUUUGCAUUUUAAGCACGAAGAAAGUGUAUAUUUAGGUUUUAAAAAUUUUCGCAAUUCUCGAAUAUUUUGGGCCUGAUCUGCCAUUGCAUCGGUGCUCAGCGAUUUCAGUCAACAAGGUGCAUGCAUUCUGCGUAAGGAAAAUCAUAUAUUCCUCCAUGCCUUUAAAAAGAUGUCACAUAAAGUGCAUAAAAUUUCUCAACGGAUCCGAACUGUGUUGUAUAUUUCAUGAUGAGCAGUGGUAAACGAAAAUGUGCUGUCCUGUAUGCAUAGACAUCGCACGGUCUUAAAAAUCUCACAAUUAGAAGUUUUUUAAAACCUUAAUAUACGCUAAGAAAAUGUUAUUUUCUGCAAAAUGAAUAAAAGAAAGCUUAUUUUGUGCACGUCGUCUAUAAAAUAUAUUUGAAUUUGUAAGACCAUCGAAAACCCAUUGGAAAAAUGAAUGCUACAUAAAAAGUCAUUUUUACGGUGUACGGUUUCUGUAGGAGGUCAAAAAAGAGUGCAUCCAAAAGCCGGCAUCAUGGCGAGUCCGAAAUGCUAUAGGAUUAUGCCGCACGCUAAUCAUUAUUACAAGCCCACCUAAGUAACCCUUCCCGAUCGAAAACGAAGUUCAGGAUUUCAGCCAACAUUUCAUGAGAUCGGUCACGCAAUGUAUGUCUAACGGAGUUGUUCAAAUUGUCUGCCACGAUGACGGAACCGUGCUGUGUAGGGUUUUCUAUGGAAGGACAUCCUACGGCUUGGUCCUAUGCGAUGUGCCCUGGAAUGCUUGUUAACAUGUAUAAUCAACUGAUUUUCAUAUGGUUUGUGAGCGCAUAACGCUUCUUUUAUGCGGAUGCUUUCGACUGACUUCCUGGCCCCCUACUGAUAUGCUCAACCGUUCUAAUUGUCAUUUUUUGUGUUGUAAAGUAUACCUGAUUAUUAAUAAUACUUAUAUUAUUCAUCUAAAUUGGUAAGUAUUUGUAAUGUACAUUUUAAUCGAAAGAUACCUUCCCGUAUUUCUUUAAUAUUUUGUUCAGAUUAUGAUAUGAACUGCCUAGAUAUUUCUUUAAAUACAGACACUCCAUGCAACUCUCCCUUCUUUUGUUAAUUACAUUCCGUUCAAACUUAAACUUGUUGCCGGACCAUAAAUAUUUAAAUUGUUACUCAUCUAUUUACGAUCAUCCGAAAUAUAUUGUUGCAGUUGCGAAAUCUCCAGAAGUCCGCCGCCGAGUGCACUAACCUGGAGGAAACUGCCAUCCACCCUCUAGUCCCGAUGGCCAGGCCAGCCCAACCCUUUCCUAUUGCACCUGUUGAAAAUGCCAGUUGCGAUUACAUUUACACUGACCCAGGGCAAGCCUGUGUGAAUGCUACUGGGGACUCUCUUAUGCUGGAACCACAAUUACUUGAGUUCACCUAUAAGUCCGACCCCGCGGUCUCCAAUGAGUUCAUUUACGAUGGAGCAGCAUUUACAGUUAACGAAGAUGUGGUUACUGAGUCGCCUCAGGUUUGCAUGCAACCCGGGGUCUUUGACGAGAAAUGCUUUGGAAUGGUCGGACCCGAUGGCCAAGUUUGUCCAAUGCCCUUCUUCUAUGAUGACGUGAGCAUGGUCCUUGUUUUGCAAGUGCUUUUACACUUAAAGAUUUGCUAAGAAUUCUUAUGUCCGCUGUUCUAAAAAUAAGUAUUGAGCCACACGCAGAGCUACGAUUUUUCCAAAUGACCAGCUUAGCUACUGACUUUAAUAGACAACUCCGGAAUAAGCAAUGCGAAGUAAAAUUUGCCGGCCGCAAUUGUAAACCUUGAUAAAAGGUUUUGGCAUUUUUGGAUGAAACUGAAACCAAGACCCCUCGCUUUGGAAAUAUUUUGAGUUCUACGGCGUAUUUGUUGGUCUUGCACCUGCAAAAGAACGUCAUCCGAACUGACACAUCGCAACAACUUUGCAGACACACAAAAGCCAGAAGUGACCCCCUGUGUUUGGAGAAUUUAAUUUCCCAUUUAGAUCUGUGCGGCCUGCUUUGCAGCAAAUAUUUUUUUUGUUUUUUUCAGUACAAAAGCAACACAGUUGUUCAAAUCGUACGGUUGAAGCGGUUCCCAAAGCAUUGUGCCUCAAGUUCCAGUGCAAGCUUUUGGGUACCCGCUCCACCGAGUUAAGGAUUACACGUCUUGUCUUUGUUGUUUAUCUCACGUCAUUUUCGUUCGCAUGUAUAUCUAUUUAUGCCAACGGCUGGAUUUACAAAUGGAUUGUUACGGAACAGAAGCUCCCUGAGUAGUGCGUUUUCCAACCACCACGAAGAAUAUGUUAGGCUUUUAUUCGCUUACUUUGUAAGUUUUUCUGCACAACCCGAUUACUUGCAGGAUUAAGUUCCUCGUUUCAUAUAUCUCCGAACAAUCGUUAAUUUUGUCAUUUACCAAGACGUUUUAGUUUGCUUCCAAUUUUGUAGUAUCAGGCGUCUAUAGAAAAGUUCCCAGUUUAAUGUGCUGAUGGAAUCAGUAGAAGGGUGACUGUGUUCGACCCAUUGGCGCAUUCGAAACCCGCUUUCUUAGAAAGAAUAAUGUCUUAAAUCUCCCACUACGAAAAACCGACUCGCCUAAUCACAAGUCACCGUCUCGUAGCACGUUUCAUCCACCGCCUACCACAGCUAUGGCAGAACGUCGGACUGAAGUGCUCGCCGACCAGAUGACCAGAGUUUGAGACUUGAGUCUCCCCAGCCUGAGGUUAGGACAGGGCUGGCUGACCAAAGUUGACAAGUCAGAAAUGAUCAUUCUAGUCUCCUUGGCGAGGAUUCUAGACUGAUUCUCCAAGCCAGAGUUGAAUCGGUCACAGUUUAAUACGGAAUCUCCUGCAUCUAAUCCUACAAUAGGACUGCAUCGGCAAGUCGGUCUCAUGCUAUUUUGGACAUGUUCUUUGUUACGCUUGUUGGCCUAUCUGUUCAUUAUUAGCAUAUACUGAUCGGGACAUUCAUAUGGUACUUAUUUGGCAUCCCGGACAGAAGGCCAUUGGAAUAUGUCUUCUCUUAAGUCUUAAGGAAUCCGUUUUCCAUUUACGAAUUUUUUACAUGCUGUCUUAUUGGACUGGUGAUGUGAAAGUGUUGUGCACUCUUAGAUAAUCCCUUCUUUAUUAUUAAAUUCGUCGCUUGUUGAUGCAGUAGACAACCCUUUAUGUCGAUAGGACACUCUCAUUCCAGUACAGCACUAUCAUAUCCUUGCGUUGGAUUUGUGCAGAACCGGUCCGCUUUGGGUUUUGGCACAUAUGCAUUUAGGAUGUGAACGAUGCACGACAUUUUGAGUCUUUCUCGACUGUUAAAUAUACGAAGGUUCAAGUCGCCCUUCUAACCCUUAAAAGCUUUCUUUUAGAUGAAGGUUGUCAACAUCUCAGGUACAGCCCCCGACGGUUUUACGAUGCUUCCUGGCCAAUCAGACGAUAUCAGAUCAAUAACCCUGGGAGUAAACGAGCUGACUGAGAGCCUGAAUCCGGUACAGGGUGUGGGUGCAGAUGAUUCAGUCUUUCAAUUUCCCCCAUAUGCUGUUCUUUCACCAUCAGCAGCACCGCCACAGCCACCACCAGCUCUUUUGAUAACUUCGGCAGAAUCGGUUGCAGGGUUGGAGGACUUCCAGGCUGGCCAGACCCAGGACCCACUCUCUCCUGGGCCGGAGGAUAUGGAGGCCAACCUUGCCGCAGCCGCUCUACGAGCCGAGAAUGACGAUUCCCGAACUGAUGGUUACCUCACUUAUGACGUCGCCACUGAUCUCACGAAUCAAUUCUGCUAG